GAGAGAAUUUUUAUUUAAUAAAAUAUUUAUAUUUUAUUUAAUAAACUCCGCACCUGCAUUCCAAUCUACAUCUUGAUGUAAUCCUUCCUCAUGAUCACACAGUGUGUUUUCAUGAGCUGAAUGGGAGGCUAAACAAAAAGUUAAAAAUCAGGCUGCGUGGAUGACAGCCUACAUUCCGCGUUUCAUUUGUUUCUUUUUGCUUUCAGAACAACACGUGAUGUACAGUGUAAACACUAAUAGUAAUCUCAAAUUAUAAAAAAUUGUUUACUCAACUUAAUCUUAAGUUUUUACUAUUCUUACUAGUAUAAAUUAAGUUACAGUUACUCUCUAAAUCCUAAAGUUGUCCUUAAUAAAAACAUUUAAGUGGUCCUAAUUAAACAUUACUUAAAAUGUCACAUUUUGGAAUCAUAACUCAAAUACAUAAGUUCUUUCAAAUUUGGCUUCGAGUACUACUAACUUAUAAUUACCAAGUACAAAAUUGCGGCUGUGUGGAAUACCCAUAAACCCUUGCGCUUGAAUAAAUUGUUUGUUUGGUCAAAACAAGGUAACUUAUGUAGUGAAAUAAUAGUUUUUUUUUAUUUAAGUUUAUUUAGUUUGAAUUCUUAAGACUAUUGUUGUUGUUUUGUUGUAGCUGGUUGAUAAUUUAGAUUUUUGUUAAGUCACCAUGAGGGUGAUAAGUGUUACCUCUGGUGAAAUUGGAGCCUGUUUAGUUUAAGCCAUUCUUCUUUACUCAAUUGUACUUUACAAAGGGCAGAUUUGUGCGCUAUGAAGUACUGAGUAGAGUCCAGUGUGCCAUAUGGCUAACGUCAUAAUUUCCCUUAUCCCUCAUAUAUUUCUGUAUAAGACAUGUUAUAACCCAAUUUAAAUAAUUAAAUCAAAGCAAAAAUACUUUAAUAAUAGAUGAGUUAAGUUAACUACUUACUUGUAACUAGUUAAUGUUACUUAAAUAAAUAUGUUCAGUUUACUUGAGCCAAGUAAGUAUGUUUACUUAGGAAAAAGCAUGCAAACCGAUUGCCUUGAAAAAUCUAAGAUCAACUAAUUAGAUUUUAUAUUGUAAUAAGGAAAAUACAGCUAUUAAUCAUAGAGAUUUCCAACCCAGCAUACAGGUACACUCUCCUUAAACCAUGGUCACGCUCAAAAUUACAUGAAACGAUUAAAAGAGAAAAUGUAAACCCACAUCGUGUGGUUCAAAGUCUCAGUCUAUUCAAAAUAUAAAUUAAAUCUGGAAAUAAAGUUUUAGGAUGCAGAUGCGAUUCACAAAAAGGGCUAAAUAGUUGACAUAGCACUCUGUCAAAAAGUUUGCCGACCCCUGGUGUAUACAAAAAUAUUGAUCCUUAGAAGUGGUUCUACGCAAACAGCCCUGGGAAAAAAGUAAGCAUACGUCGUAUAUGGGCGUAUGGCCCCAACUACACCGCUGGUACACUGCUACUCUAAUGAAUGAGUGCUUUCUCAGCCCUUGAUGCAUGACAGUGUGGCCUCUUGAGAGUGAAUUGUUGGCAAUUCUAAGUAUCCACAAAUUUAAACUUUCAGACAUUGUUUUUCAGAUGAAUCUGCAGGUUUGUUUUUAAAAAUGUGUAAAAAUUACACGUGUAUGAAUAUUAUGUUGCCCAUUUUCUAGAGUAAUUAUGGUAGUAAUUCAGACUCGCUGCACUGUGAGCACGGAGAGGAUAAAGAGACUGCAGACGGGUAUAAAAACGAAUUAAACAACAAAUAAACAUGCAUAUACAAAUGUGAGUAUACGUGAUGUAAUGUGAGUCACGAUAAUCAGACGUUGUGUGGAGCGAUAGAGACAGUUUGAGCAAUCAUGAGCACUUUCAGCUUCACUCGCUUCAAGAUGCUCACUCGCAGUGUCAAUCAAACAUGCUCUCAAUAUCUCAUCAGUCACUCAUCUCAGCGCUAUUCUGUAAGGAUCCCAAUUUAAAUCAGAUUAAUGUUGGUCACAUUACCACUAAUCACAGCAAUUACAUUUUAAACAUAACGGAACCGCGUCUUCACGCAUUUGCUUAAUAAUUUGUGAUUUGUGUUGCAGCAAAAUGCCAAAGAUAGUAAAUAAAUCAGAGAUAUUAAUGAUUUCUCACUGGUGCAUUUUUAGGACUUGUAAUGGAUAUAUUUUUCUUAUUUUUGAAUGUAUCUCUGCUGUGUGUGAUGCUCUCAUGGUUUUUACUGCUUACAAGUAUGUCACAAUGACCUUUUGAUAUUGACAACAGAACUAUUCAUAACUGUUUAAAAAAAAAAAAAACAUAGUUCAUGUUAGUUCAUAGUGCAUUAACUAAUGUUAACUAAUACAACUUUUGAUUUAAAAAUGUAAUGGUAUAUUUAGGGCUGUGCGAUAAUUGAAAAUAAAAUUUGAUUAUGAUUUUGGCUUCCAACGAUUAUGAAAUCAAUAUAAUCGUGAUAAAACGAUUAUUGUGCCGCAUUCCGUUUCGCAUUGAAACACCCUGCCAUUAUAUCUUUAAAGCAUCCUUUAUUAAAGUUAAAAUAAUAAGGAAGCAGGUUAUGAAAAUUAACUCCAUAACUGGCAUUUCUCUGUGCCAUCAGCUCGCGUUUAUGAGUUGCUUGAAGUGACUGGGGAAGAGAUUGAAUCUUCUCCCGGCUGAUGCACACUCUGGCGCAGGGAUGCUCGUCACUUGCGCAUGUUUGCUGUAGCUAGAUUAUAAUGUGAUGGCUCGCGACGUAGUGAAUCAUAAUAUACAGUUGAAGUCAGAAGUUUACAUACACCUUAGCCAAAUACAUUUAAACUCAGUUUUUCACAAUUCCUGACACUUAAUCGUAGAAAGCAUUCCCUGUCUUAGGUCAGUUAGAUCACUACUUUAUUUUAAGAAUGUGAAAUGUCAGAAUAGUAGAGAGAAUGAUUUAUUUCAGCUUUUAUUUCUUUCAUCACAUUUCCAGUGGGUCAGAAGUUCACAUACACUUUGUUAGUAUUUGGUAGCAUUGCCUUUAAAUUGUUUAACUUGGGUCAAAUGUUUUGGGUAGCCUUCCACAAGCUUCUCAUAAUAAAUUGCUGGAAUUUUGGCCCAUUCCUCCAGACAGAACUGGUGUAACGGAGUCAGGUUUGUAGGCCUCCUUGCUCGCACAUGCUUUUUCAGUUCUGUGCAAACAUUUUCUAUCAGACUGAGGUCAGGGCUUUGUGAUGGCCACUCCAAUACCUUGACUUUGUUUUCCUUAAGCCAUUUUGCCACAACUUUGGAGGUAUGCUUGGGGUCAUUGUCCAUUUGGAAGACCCAUUUGCGACCGAGCUUUUACUUCCUGGCUGAUGUCUUGAGAUGUUGCUUCAAUAUAUCCACAUCAUUUCCUUCCUCAUGAUGCAAUCUAUUUUGAGAAGUGCACCAGUCCCUCCUGCAGCAAAGCACCCCCACGACAUGAUGCUGCCACCCCCAUGCUUCACAGUUGGGAUGGUGUUCUUCGGCUUGCAAGCCUCACCCUUUUUCCUCCAAACAUAACGAUGGUCAUUAUGGACAAACAGUAAAAAAUUUUGUUUCAUAAGACCAGAGGACAUUUCUCUAAAAAAUCUGGAUUUUCUCUUCACAUAGUCACUGUGUGAUUGCUCUACCAGAGUGUCAGGAUGGGCUAAAAACAAUUUCUAGCACCUGAGCGCUAUACACUUGGACCCACCACAGUCUCACCUGUGCACAGGGGGUGAGUCUCGACACCAUGCAGAGGCAUCGGAGGAAGGUUAAGGUUAUGGUGAUGAUGACAAUGGUGUUUAUCUUCAUAGUGGUAGAAGUCUCUCGUAAUGCUGGAAAGGGUGAUGGCAACAAGAAUAAACUGCUGAUUCCCUCAAAGCGUUUCUGGGCAAAAGAUGUUCCCAGUGAUGCCUACUGGAAUCGCCAGCAACAACAGCUCAACUACAUAAACAACCGCAAUCUAGAAAAUCUCAACUCAACAAUUGAGAAAAUUCCAGACUGGCUCAAUGACACAGUCAGUCUUGACACCUGUGAACCAGACUUCAGGGUUACCACGCAAGUUAAGGAUUACAGUUCUCUUCCAGACCGCUUCAAAGACUUCUUGCUGUAUAUGCGGUGCAGGUCGUAUCCCAUCGUGGUGGACCAGCCGAACAUAUGCAAAGACCAACCGUUCCUCCUCCUAGCAAUUAAAUCUUUAGUUCCGCACUUUGAUCGACGUCAGGCGAUCCGUGAGUCAUGGGGCAAAGCUGGUCGCCUUGCGAACAAAACAGUUGUUACGGUGUUUCUUCUUGGUAACGCAGCCACGGAGGACCACUUCCCUGAUCUAUCACAGAUGCUCCAACUUGAGUGCUCCAUGCAUGGGGAUAUUAUUCAGUGGGACUACAGGGACACAUUCUUCAACCUUACCAUUAAGGAAGUCCUCUUCCUGGAGUGGCUGACGACUCGUUGUUCUGAAGCUAGUUACGUCUUCAAGGGUGAUGACGAUGUUUUUGUCAACACCAUUCGCAUCAUAGACUUCCUCAGCAAUCUCUCCCAUGCUAAAGCCAAGGAACUGUUUGUAGGGGAUGUGAUUACCAAUGCUGGCCCACACAGGGACAAGAAGGUCAAGUAUUUCAUCCCUGAGAGCGUGUUCGUUGGAGCAUACCCUGCAUAUGCGGGUGGAGGUGGUUACCUGUUUUCGGGACAGCUGGCCAAGAAAAUUUAUAAUGCCUCGAGGCAGGUGGCCCUGUACCCCAUUGAUGAUGUCUACACUGGUAUGUGCCUUAUGAAACUGGGCCUUGCACCUGAGAAGCACAAAGGCUUCAGGACCUUUGAUAUUGAGGAGAAAUACCAUAAUAAUGCCUGUGCCUACAACAGCUUGAUGCUGGUCCACCCCAGAAGUCCUCAGCAUAUGAUCAAAAUCUGGGCCUGGCUGAAUGACCCAGCCUUGAACUGUCAGUGAACUCUCAGGAUUGCUGAUUGAGGUUUCAGCAGCUUGAAUAUUUUUACCACUGUUCUGUUGUGAUUUAUCAUUAUUGUCAUUAUGUACAUGCAAACCUUGGAACAUGCAAAUUUUUUCAUGGUAAGGGUCAAGAGCAACAAAGUGCUGUUCAAAUAUACUAAUAUAUAUAUUUUAAAUGUGGCUCAACAUUUCUGCCUACAUAGUAUUGCAAUGACUUGACAUAUUCUGCUAGUAACGUUACAAGUAUUUAUAUCGUGCUCUUUUGGCAACACUGGUAGUGAAGAUGCUGGAGAGAAUUUGAUGUGUAAUGCAGUUCAGCUGGUCUGAACAAGACACGAUGACAAAAGACAGCUCACCUAUUAAUGAGCUUAGCUGUAUAUCUCUUUAUCAUUUUAAGAUAUUGUUUCUGUUUUUUUCCAGGGUCCAUUUGACAUUGUAAGUUGACAGUUUGAUUAAUGUUAUAUUAUGCUAUAGCUGUUUUGUGCUGAAACAAACUUGAAAGGGAUAGUUCACCCAAAAAUGAAAAUUCUCUCAUAAUUUACUCACCAUUAUGCCAUCCCAGAUGUGUAUGACUUUCUUCCUUCUGCUAACACAAACAAAGAUUUUUAGAACAAUAUCUCAGCUCUGUAGGUCCAUACAAUGCAAGUGAAUGGGUACCAAAACUUUGAAACUCCAAAAGCACGUAAAGGCAGCAUAAAAGUAAUCCAUACGUCUCCAGUGGUUUUAUCCAUAUCUUCAGAAGCAAUAUAAGUUUGGGUGAGAAACAGUUCAAUAUUUAAGUCCUUUUUUUACUAUCCAUCUCCACUUUCUCAUUCUUCUUCUGUUUUUGCCGAUCUGCAUUCUUCGUGCAUAUCACCACCUGCUGGGCAGGGAGGAACAUUUAUAGUAAAAAAGGACUUCAGUAUUGAUUUGUCUUGUAUCGAUUCUAAAUAUAUUAAUUUAACCACUGGAGUCGUAUGAAUUACUUUUAUGCUGCCUUUAUAUGCUUUUUAUACCUUCAAAGUUCUGGUCACCAUUCACUUGCAUUGUAUGGACCUACAGAGCUGAAAUAUUCUUCUAAAAAUAUUUGUUUGUGUUCAGCAGAAGAAAGUCAUACACAUCUGGCAUGGCAUGAGCGUAAAUGAUGAGAGAAUUUUAAUUUCUGGGUGAACUAUUCCUUAAAUUUAGUCUUUAGUUUUUUGUAUUGUGCACCAUCUUGCUGCUUCAUGCACAACAAUUCUGAAAAUAGAGACAUUAACAAAUUAAUAAUGUUAAUAUUAACAGAGAGUGCACAUUCCGAUUAAUCGAGAGAGAUCAUUUUAGAGCUGUGUUUGUGGGAACAAAACUGAAUGUUUAAAAUUGGUUACCUACCAAACCUCUGCAUAUGUUCUUAAAUGAAUAGUUCACCUGAAAAAUGAAGAUUCUGUCAUCAUUUACUUACACUUAUGGAACAAAAAAGGAGAUAGGCAGUAUGUAAGUCUCAGUCACCAUUCAUUUUCAUUUUUUUAAAUUUAUUUUUCAUUUUUUUUACUAUAAAAUGAAAGUGAAUGGUGACUGAAGCUAACAUUCUGUUUAACAUCUCUUUUUGUGUUCCAUGGAAGACAGUCUAAUAGGUUUGAAACCACAUGAGGGUGAGUAAAUGUAACCAUUUUUGGGUGACCUUUAAGAUUGCACAAAACACUCCCACUGUUCCAUUGAAAUCAUUCAUUUUGCAAAGCAGACAAUCAAAUGCAAGUCAAAAUCCUUUUGUUAUAAUAACAGAUUAGCCAAUUCUAGGCCUUGCUGUAUAUUACUUAAAUCAUAGAAACGCACACCCCACUGAAGUGUUACAUUCUGCUGUAGCAUUUCUUUGUAUACAAAAUCAUGCAGUCAUCCAAAUACUUGCUUAUAAUUUUACUGAAAAAACUGACUAAUGCUCUCUUAUUUGAAUUCUUUGUAAAAUACUUGACCUUCUCAGGAUGUGUCCUCUGGCAAAAGUAAGGCCAGAAAUCUAGAAAUCAGGCUUGUGAAUAAAUUAAAAACAUUUAUAUAGAAGUUGAGAUAGAGGAUUACAAAGUUGUAGGUUUGGUUGCUUUUUCGAUUUUAAAUCAAGGAAUACCGUAAAUCUUGACUAAACAAAAAAACCAGCAUGCGGCUGAUUUUCCAACCCCAGAUUAAGCCUGUUGCUGUUUUGAUCACUGUGUUGCUGUUUUUUUUUCCCCUCCCAUAAAAGAAAGCCAGGAACAGCGUCACAGCUGGCUUAUUUGAUUACUGAAUUUAAUAGAAUGGCUACAAGUGUGUGACCGUUAGUGACCCCUGCUGGUCGGUAAGGAUAUGCUUUUUUUAAUUUAUUUUUUUUAUGUAAAACUAAAAACGCUGGCACUGAAACCAUGCUAUUGCUCACCAGGCUUCAUCCUAAUGGAAUAUUUAAAUGGCAUGUAUAGGCAGCCAGUCAACUAGUUGUUAAAGUUUAUUUUUCUGUUCUUGUUUUUUGUUAUUUUGGUGGAGGUAUUCAUCACAGCUGUGAUGCUAUAUAGUGACCUGGUAAUCAUGAUUAGAUCCAUAAGGACUGUAUCCAUCUAGUCUAUAAGUACUGUUAUCUGUUAAUUUUAGGUCUGCCUCAUUUAUUGUUCGCUGAAUAGGUAAAUCAAGCUUGCGUCAUAGUUGCGUCAACUGUUUUUAUUUUUAAGUUGUUCAGCCAUCUAUGAGGAAUGAGGGCCAUAAGGAUGUGUGUUUUAUUUCGUCUCUCUGCUGAUGGUAAGGCAGAACAUGUAAUGGCCUAAUGUAGUGUUUAAUGAGAGAGACAAAGUGUUUACAUGUAUACAAAAAUGGUCAAAAAGUGUAUAUUUAUAAACUACUAUUUUAUGACAUUCUAGGCUGUUCACAAUGUUCAAUUAGUACACGUUUUAUACACUGGUAUUUAUUAGGUUCUACAAAGUUCUCAAAACUUUUCAGCUUUCAGAGAUUUCAGAACUCUGUAGAAUCUGUAUUUGCUGCAUCUGAUUCUCUUCUAUGGCCAUUGUAUGAUGGAUUAUACUUGCAUCUGUGCAUAACACUGCAGACGAUCCAACAAAAUGAACUCCUGUUCUGCCUCAUGCUGUUCACAACUGUAAUAUGUGUGUACCAAAGGCCUGUUAAAAAGUACUUUUUUCUUUUUUUUUUUGGUACCACCUUGUGAUAAUUGGGUCCAUAUGUCCAUCAUGUUAAGAUAUCUGAAUGUAAAAAUUAUUUGAUGCGCUAGUUUAAUGUUAUUUAUGUGUAUAUGUAUAUACAAGCUCAAAGUUGUCGUGUGCAUCUGAGAAGUAAUUGUGAUAAGCCAGUUUCAAGAAUGAAAUGAUUGCUUUGUUGGUUGAAUGUCAUUGUGUCUUUUAGAAUCUAUUUGUAUUAUGAAAUUGUUUGUUAUUUCUCAUGAGUCUGAUCUACAUGAAAUAUCUUUCAGGUAUUUUACUUUCCCCAAAACAAAAUAUUUUUAGAACAGUCAAAUUCUGAAGUUUUCUAAUUUUUUUGCCACUAAUUUAUAUGCUGAUACACACACACACACACUAUAUAUAUAUAUACACAUACACACACACACACACACACAAACAGAUAUAUAUUGUCACCUAAACACCUCCUACCAAAAACAUGAAAUUCUGUGAACUACACGGACACUGUUACCAAAAUGUGCCUAUUCACUCUGGUUGGUUAUCUUUGUGGUAGUCUUUCCUAAAUAAAUGUGCACAUUUCUGUUCAUUUUGUCACGACUGUGUUGGCUUUUUUAAUUAAUUCUUAUAAUAAAUGGAAUAAACUUCA